CUCUUUUGUUCGCAACACUUGUGUUCCGGAUAACAACAACGACACACAACAUACACUUCAAGGCAUAGUACGACAAGCCUGGGUCGUGAUGAAGGUGGAAGCCGAUUCCUCAGUGAUCGACUGGGAUGGCCCUUGUGAUCCAGCAAGGCCAAUCAACUGGCCCAGGAGCAAGAAGUGGCGGAAUAUCUUCAGCAUCUCCUUCUUGACCUUUCUGACUCCUUUGGCUUCCUCCAUCCUAGCCCCCGCCACGGGUCUAGUUCUGAAGGACUUCCAGUCCACGAACAGGACCCUCGGCUCCUUUUCCGUAUCCAUCUACCUGAUUGGCUUUGGACUCGGGCCUCUCGUUCUGGCACCACUGUCGGAGAUGUAUGGUCGCCUACACGUCUAUCAAAUCACCACCGCUGUCUUUGUUGUGUGGAACGUCGCCUGUGCGCUGGCCCCCAACCUCGGUGCUCUCUUGGUCUUUCGACUGCUUGCAGGUUUGUCAGGGAGUGCCCCGAUGACUCUGGGCGCCGGGUCGAUUGGAGAUCUCUUUGUGCCCCAGGAAAGAGGAUUGGUGAUGGCCAUUUGGGGAGUCGGUCCACUCAUGGGACCGGUGCUCGGACCCAUCGCCUGUGGGUACCUGUCAGAAGCUGCUGGAUGGCGUUGGGUGCUCUGGCUGGUGGUUAUUGUGUCAGGAAUCGCGCUGGUCUUUACCGUACUCCUCCAGUCAGAAACCUACGAGCCGGUGCUACUGCAGCGCCAAGUCAACCGAUUGAAACACGAGACUGGCAACGCCGACCUCUACUCGGACAAGACCCCAAGAGUCAAUGCGAAGAACAGCAUCGUCCAAUCUAUCGUCCGACCGUUAAAAAUGCUCUUUCUGUCUCCGAUAGUGGCCCUGUUUUCAAUGUAUAUCGGAAUCGUGUUCGGUUAUCUAUACCUGCUCUUCACAACUAUUACGCACAUCUACGAGACUACCUAUCACUUUAGCCAGGGUAAUACCGGAUUGGUCUACAUUGGAGUUGGGGUGGGCGCUGCAAUCGGGAUGGUUAUCUUUGGAGCGUUGUCCGACAGGAUUCAAAUCCAACUCACGGCGAAAAACAACGGUCAAUCGGAGCCGGAGUUCCGGCUGCCUUUGCUGAUACCAGGCAGCAUUUUGGUCCCCAUCGGAUUGUUCUGGUACGGAUGGUCGGUCGACAAACAUGUGCCUUGGAUUAUGCCUGUUAUAGGUCUGGCCUGGAUUGGCUUUGGGAUGAUCGGAACCUUCUUGCCCAUCCAGUCCUAUAUGGUGGAUGCGUUUGGUCCCUAUGCGGCCUCGGCUGUGGCUGCAAACACCCUGGUCCGAUCAUUCGUCGGAGCGUUCCUACCCCUUGCCGGUCCCUCGAUGUAUGCCACCCUCGGGUUAGGAUGGGGCAAUUCGUUGCUGGGUUUUAUCGCUCUGCUCAUGUUACCAGUGCCGGUCAUCUUCUACUACUAUGGUAAACGGAUUCGGACGAAGUUUGAGAUUACCUUCUGACGCCUGGGGCCAAUGUUGACGAGUCGUGUGCAUAGAUCGCUCAUUGAUUGGUCGCUCUAUUAUGUACAGCUGUGAUGUGAUACAAUGGAAGUGGCUGUUCGCGCCAGCUUUGCCUUCUGAGGGAGUGAAUUAUGGGAUGAAUGUUGGCGCGUUGAUGAAGAUGAUGAUAGAGAUGCG